AUGGAAAACUUAGCUAGCAAUAUAAGCAAACUUAACCUUCAAAAUUAUAAUAUUAACAAUCAUAAUACUAUAGAGGAAGAAUAUGGCAUUGACUUUAACAAUAUUAAUGAGGAUUUAGGUAAUUUAAUAAAUGAGAUAGACAUGUUUGAGUAUAGUAAUACUGGCUUAGACUAUAAUUAUAUAUUAGAUUUAGAUAGCAAUUUUGAUGAUGAAUCUGUAAUUUUUAUGAUAACAAAUAUUAUUAAUAAAAUGCAACCAAAUAAGAUUCCCAGACUAACAAAAACCAAAUUUACCUCUUGUGUUUUAAUUUAUAAUAUUAAUGGUGAAAUUCGUUCUUGUAGAAGUUCAAAAAAUUUACAUUGUAUAAAAAAUAUUUUUGGGACCUGGGAAAUUGACAACAAAAUGGUUCAUAAUAUAGAUGGUGAUUUGGCUUCUUUGGGAGUUUGCUAUUCACAUCAAAUGUAUGAUCAAACUAAAUUGCAUAUAUUAGUGGAUCGCAAUUUACAAGUUCCUUGUAGUGAUCAAUAUUAUUGUACUUCUUUAACAAAUAUUCAUCCAAUUUUAUAUCCUAGUUUAUCUAAUAGAAAAUCACAAUAUAUAUAUACUUCCUGUUAUGAAAAACACGGUAGGCAUUUUCAUCAAAGAUCUGGAAUAAAAGGGAAAUUUCUUUAUGUUGCUAAAUAUGAAUCACCUAAUUUUCAAGCAGAAUUAUUUCAUGAAGCAAUUAAUCUUUUACAACUAUUACCAUCACAAAGAUUUAAUAAUACAUCAUAA